CCCGUAACUUCGGCGGGAGGCAGGAGGCCCGGGUGGAUCCCACUCAGUUGCCGAGCAGGGUGCAAGGGUCGCUCUCGACCGGAUACACAGCAGCGACAAAAUUUCCGAGUACAUGCAGGCAACAGGAGGCCGAAAGAAAUGCACAACCCAUAGCUUCAGCUGGGUGGACGACGGCCACUUCACCAUCACCUGGGCAAGUCAGCGAUCGGGGCGGCAGGCCAAGAGAUACCACCAAUUCUGCCAAGCCGCAACAAGAACGAAAGUUGCCAUGUCGAAAGCCACCAUCGCCGUUAUCGCGGCCAUGAGCGCCGGCGCCGGCGCGGCUGCCACGGCGGCCGUGUUUUCGAUGCGCUCCGAAAAGAAAGCCGAAGUCACCACAACCACAACCACCGUCGUUGCCACCAAAGGUCCUGCCGUUCCCGUACCCGUGCCCACAUCUCAAGUGUUCAGCCCCAACCAAGCCGCCGCCGCCGCCGCGGCCGUCCCAGUCCCAGUCCCGUCUCCUCCAGCGAUCCCCUCGGCCGGCGCCUCCCCCGCCACUCUUGUCAACCCGGCGGGGCUCUUCGAAUACGGCUUCCCCGGCCCCGUCGCCGACCUGGCGACUCGCCAAGCGCUGAUCUCGUCGUACGACCGGCGCACCAAGAACCCGCACUGGGUGGUGGAGCACAUCACGCCGGCGUCGCUGGCGCAGCGCGACGGCGACCGCAAGCACAGCACCUUCCUCGAGGACCCGCUGAUCCCGGAGAAGUUCCAGGCCAAGCUCAAGGACUACUUCCGCUCCGGGUACGACCGCGGCCACCAGGUGCCGGCGGCCGACUGCAAGUGGAGCCAGGCGGCGAUGGACGAGACCUUCUACCUCAGCAACAUGUGCCCGCAGGUCGGCGAGGGCUUCAACCGCGACUACUGGGCGCACUUCGAGGACUUUUGCCGCCGCCUGACGGCGCGCUACCCGUCCGUGCGCAUCGUCACGGGCCCGCUGUACCUGCCCAAGCGCGACCCGGCCGACAACAAGUGGUACGUCAAGUACGAGGUCAUCGGCAACCCGCCCAACGUGGCCGUGCCGACGCACUUCUACAAGGUCAUCUUUGCCGAGGAGUCGACCACCGCGCCCGGCGGCGCCGGCCACGUGGCGCUCGGCGCCUUCGUGCUGCCCAACGCCGUGAUCCCCAACGAGAAGCCGCUGAGCGACUUCGAGGUACCGCUCGAGGCCGUCGAGAGGGCGGCGGGGCUGGAGUUUGCGAGCAAGCUGCCCGUGCAGCGGAGGAAGAGGCUGUGUGCCGAGACGAGCUGCUCGAUUGUGGUCAAGGAGUAUGCGGAGCGACAGAAGGCUUUUGCCAAGGGGGGGAGGUAGAGAGAGAGAGAGAGAGAGAGAGAGAGAGCGAGAGAGAGAGCGAGAGCGAGAGAGCGAGAGAGAG